AUGUUGCACUGGCUCAUCCUCUGGGUCUCCUUGGCUUGGCUGGCAUCGCCCAUCAGUGCAUUAUGGGAGCUGAAGAAAGACGUUUAUGUGGUGGAAUUGGACUGGCACCCUGAUGCCGAGGGAGAAACGGUGGUACUGACCUGCGAUGACCCCGAAGAAGACAGCAUCACCUGGACCUCGAGCCGGAGUGAGGAGAUCCUGGGCUCAGGUCAAACCCUGACCCUCCAGGUGAAAGAGUUUGGAGAUGCGGGUCAGUACACCUGCCACAAGGGAGGCCAGCCACAGAGCCACUGGAUGCUGCUGCUGCACAAACGAGAAGAUGGGAUUUGGUCCACUGACAUUCUCAAGGCCCAGAAAGAGCCUAAACAUAAGAACUACCUGAGAUGCGAGGCAAAGAAUUAUUCUGGACAGUUCACUUGCUGGUGGCUGACCGCGAUCAACUCCAAUCUGAAUUUCAAUGUCAAGAGCAGCAGAGGCCCCUCUGACCCCCGAGGAGUGACUUGUGGAGCAGCUGCAGCCUCCGCAGAGAAAGUGCGAGUGGACCAGAGGGAAUACACAAAGUACACAGUGGAGUGUCAGGAAGGCAUUGCCUGCCCCGCUGCUGAGGAGAGUCUCCCCAUUGAGAUCGUGCUGGACGCUAUCCACAAGCUCAAAUAUGAAAACUACACUAGCAGUUUCUUCAUCCGCGAUAUCAUCAAGCCAGACCCCCCCAGAAACCUGCAGCUGACAUCUGCGCCUGCAUCGAGCUCUCGGCACGUGACAGUCAGCUGGGAGUACCCUGACAGCUGGAGCACCCCUCACUCCUACUUCUCCUUGACCUUCUGUGUCCAGGUCCUAGACAAGAAUGGGAAGGAAAAGAAGGAUAAAAUCUACACAGACACAACCUCAGCCAAGGUCAAGUGCCACAAAGAUGCCCAGAUUCAAGUGCAAGCCCGGGACCGCUAUUACAGCUCAGCGUGGAGCGAAUGGGCCUCUGUGUCUUGCAGCUAGGUGAGCAAAG